CGCUGCUCAAGCCGAAACCCCAUUUUUAUUCCACUGGAGCGCUGUUCCUGGCAGUGCGUUACCGCUACCUGCGGUCAUCGCGCCGUCUGGCCUGUGUGCAAGAGCUGGUGUGGGUUUUGGUGUACUCGGUGUUGGCCUGGAUGCCCUUGAACCUGAUGUCGCCUUCCCUGUGCAGCCGCUGCAGGCCCUGUGGGCCAACGAACAAGUUACCUUCUGCUUGAGGGUUUCCUGGUGUUGUUGAAGCUAUGAAGAGAGUACUAGGAAGUCUCAACCUCAAUAUAGUAGAGAUGGUAGAUGAAAACGCGACCUUGGAUGGUGGAGAUGUCUUAUUUACAGGCAGAGAAUUUUUUGUGGGUCUUUCCAGGCGAACAAAUCAACGUGGUGCAGAAAUUCUGGCUGACACUUUCAAGGAUUAUGCGGUCUCCACGGUCCCUGUUCAUGAUUCUUUGCAUCUGAAGAGCUUUUGCAGCAUGGCUGGACCAAACUUGAUCGCUAUCGGAUCAAGUGAAGCUGCACAGAAAGCCCUCAAGACCAUGCAACAGAUGAGCGACCACCGCUACGACAAGCUGACGGUGCCCGACGACGCCGCGGCGAACUGCAUCUACUUAAACAUCCCCAGCAAAGGCCACGUCCUGCUGCACCGAGCCCCCGAGGAGUACCCGGAGAGCGCCAAGGUAUUUGAAAAACUGAAGGACCACAUGCUGAUUCCAAUAGCCAACACAGAACUGGAGAAAGUAGACGGGUCGCUCACCUGCUGCUCCGUGCUUAUUAACAAAACUUCAGAAUUAUGAGUUUACAGAGUCCCUCCCUUGUAACUGGCAAUAAUGUUACACACAAGGUAGACGAAUCUGUAUCCACACUUUUAUUGUUUUUAUUGACAAUCUACUGUACCACUGUGCUACUAACCCUUGUUUACAGAUCUUUUGUUUUGUGUAUUUUUAUUAUGUCCUUGCAGAUGGUAUCUAAGGUGGAUGUGUGGUUUGUUGGGGGGCACGCAACUCUGAAGUCUGCUAGUCCUGCGGGCUAGCAGAAGACAAAUUAUAAUGGCUAACCCCUAGCUGUAGUGAUUUAACAUAUCGGUGUGGAGAUUUCAUGAAAAACAACUAACUCUGAACAUUUCAAGCACCUGUGUUGUCUUUACACUGUCCCCUUCUCCUGUCUCUUAUCUCUUGCUUCCUUGCUCUGCAUCUUUUCUUCCUUCCUCUGUCCGCUUUCCUUCCAGUGAUGCCAAGGUAUUGGGGGGAUGGAAGAA